AUGGGUAAAUCUACAAGAGGCAAAGGCUUCUUUUAUUCCCGUCCUCGGCGUCUUCUUAAUCAAAACUCUGGAUUGUACCCGGUGAACAAAUUUAAUACCACAUUUCCCCUACAAAAAAUGUCGUCUUCAUCAAUAGAUAACUCGUUGAGACAAAUUGGAGGUAUUCCGUUGUUUUCUAUGUUGCCAGAUGCGGGGCUGUCUAAUGCCAACAACGGUACUACUACUACCCCCAUCAAUAAUACCUCGAGAAUAAUUAAUAACCACCAAAAUAAUGAAAUUCCACAAGCAGUCAACGAGAAUAAACCUGCAUCGGUAUCAUUUAUGCCUCAACCAUUUGAAACGAAUCGAGAUAUUAAUCCCAUUUCGAUUCUUAAUACACUACAACAUAAAUUGAAAUCAAACACUUCGCCACAAUACGAUUUCACCAUGGCCACACCAAACGGAGGAUUCUAUGCUACUCUCGAGGUCUUUGGGAGAACUUUUCAGACUCAAAUUAUACGAAUAAAGAAGCAAGAAGCUAAAGAAGAAGUUGCUGCUCUUGCUGUCGACCAUAUGAAUGCACUAGUACCUGGAUUAGUCGAGGAAGUUCGAAGAGAGCUGGAUAAAGCCGCCAAAGCAAACGCAAAACGAAAUCAAUCAAAUGUGAACCGAGCAGUUCGCCGUAAAUGGAAAGGAUUUAGUAAAGAUGACGGUAUUCCUAAAUCUUUGAUUUGGUUAAAUAAACAUCGUGAACCAGGACAACCCCUUAAACGUCCUUCUGUUUUGCUUCUCGAAUUUUGUCAAUUUCAUCAUAUCGAGCGUCCUGUUUACACUCAAGAAACUGACGCCUCAAAUCGAUUUAUGUUCUCCGUCAAAAUAGGAGAGCGUAAUUUCCGUCCAACUCUGGCAUUCUGGAAUAAGAAUGAUGCAAAAGAUCAUGUCGCUCAAAUUGCUUUUGAUCAAAUUUACAGAGAACAAUUGGAAAUUGAACACAAGAAUAUUGGAAAUGAUUCAUUACAAAGUCAAGAAGUUUUAUAUCAACCACUCCCAAUUCGACAAAAUGAGGGAGUCCCCAUUCAAUAUCCUUCGUAUCCUGUCGCUGUUGACACAAGGGAAACUACCUCACCAAUUCCAGACGAUAUUGAUACAACACAAGUCAAAACAGAAUCUAACCAGACACCUUCAACAAUGCCAUCAUCUUCAACUUCAACAUCUCUAAAUUCUAUGUAUGAAUCGGCCAUAGAUCAAAGUCCGGCAAACGAUGGUUCGCAUUCUAGCGGCGAAAAAUCAGGUGGACAUGAAGUUCUAUUUCAUGUUCCGACCGUAAUCGCAAAUCAACUCGGACCACCGCCGAAAAGCGAAAUUAUGGAGAAACUUACCAAUAAUCAAACGAAUUUCUCUUAUCAGCCCAAUCCUGGAUAUAUGCCAGUGGUGGCAGCGUUACCUCCACCACCGACAAACAACAACUUUUUUAACCCAUACACUCACUUUCACCAUCCAUACAUCAAUCCCACAGCUUACAGUGUUGUUCCUGUGAAUUCGCCUCCUGUCCAAACCGACUAUAAAAGAUACGUGAGCAGACUCUACGAGCUCGCUCAGUCUAAGAAGUGGGAUCCCCCGGUGUACAGUUAUACAAACGUAUACGGUGGAUUCAUUGGUGAAGUGAUGAUAUGUAAAAGAACCUUCCGAGGUACCAAAGCAUGUGCACGAAAAGCAGAUGCUAAAGAGGAUGUAUCUGAGCACGCAUGGAAAUAUUAUGCAGACAAUCCCCACGCAUCAUAA